AUGAUCCCCUACGCGACUGCGGCGGACGGCGAGGCAGCGCUGGGGCGCGCCAUGACGUGGGCCGAAGCGGCGUGGUACCAGUACUCGGCGGUGAUGCCAGAUUCCUGGCUGCACUGCCACACUACAUUUAUCCUGUUCGUCAUCUACACCAUCGCCCCGCUGCCCCUCCUGGUCCUCGAGCAGUUCGCUCCGUCCGUCGUCCUGCCGUACAAGCUGCAACCCCGGAUAUUAAGGACUCGAAUGGGGCUGCCGUUGCCGUCGGUCAGGGAGACAAUUGCGCAGCUAGUGGUAUACUCUCUCGUGGAGGAUUACCUCAGCUACUGGAUCCACCGUCUUCUGCACACCCAGUGGUGCUACCGAAAGAUCCACCGCGUCCACCACGAGUUUACAGCUCCGACAGGCUUUGCCAUGUCAUAUAGCCACUGGGCCGAGAACCUCGUCCUUUCUAUCCCCGCCUUGGCCGGCCCAGUGCUCGUGCCAUGCCACGUCACCACGCAAUGGCUCUGGUUCUCCAUCCGCCUAAUUGAGGGCAUCAACACGCACAGCGGUUACCAUUUCCCAUUCAGCCCUUGCAGGCUGAUUCCAUUCUAUGGAGGAGCAGCGUACCAUGACUAUCAUCACUACGCAGGAGGCCGUAGUCAAAGCAACUUUGCUCCUCUUUUCACCUACUGUGAUUAUAUAUAUAGGACAGACAAAGGCUACAGAUACCACAAGCUAAAGCAAGAGAAGCUGAAGAAUCUAGCAGAAAAUAGUGCGGAGAAAGGAGGCAACUACGCAUUCGACAAAGGAAGAAAGGACUGA